AUGUCUAGCGAAUUCGUUUGCCCGUUUUGCGGGUCGAGUCUCGGUAACCAGUAUCUACUCUUGUUUGUGAGCGAGGCCCUUACGCUACCACCCCCACCCCUGAUGCCCGAGAACUCACCGGAUUCGCAGCACGUCGAGACCCGCCACGCCGAAGGAAAGUCGCCGUUUGUCGUGGACGGGGACGAGGCGGCGCCCGAGAAGGACGAAAGCCCGAACGAGGAGGACCAGUUCGCCGAGUGUCCCGUAGACGGAUGCGGCGAAGUCGUCACGCUCGCCGAACUCGAAGAUCACAUCGAGCUCCACGGCGCAGAACAACCCGAGGAGCCGCCCACGCCGGUGCCGGAUUCGCGACAAGGCCGCGUCAGCGCCCAAGGAAGCAACAGUACCAGUGCUAAGACGAGACCGGUAGACGGUGGCUACCGGUCCCCAUACUCGCAGAGUAGAGACGCGGCGCCCCGGCCCCGCCGCGCUCACAAGUCCAACGAGCGUGUUGCAUCCCGUGAGCACAACCCGGCCUCGGCGGUCGGCAUAUGGAAGCAGAUAUUCGCUGCGCCCCCUCAGAGAUCACGCGAGCUGCAGGCGCUGGCGGGCGGGGAUUUGGGCAGGAGGCUUGGUAAGUCGGAGCUCGGCAGGUAUGCUCACGAGGACAGGAUGCCGGACUGGCUCGUGUCUCUGCUAAAGACCGGUGGCUACGAAAGCUCCGAAGGUGGCUUCUGCGGGUACCGAAACAUACAAAUGCUCUCGUCGUACAUCGUCGGGGCCAGCGCGCCGGGCGCCGAAGCGCUACGGGAUAGGAUACCGAGUAUCUUCCGCAUCCAGGACUACAUCGAAAAGGCCUGGGACAUGGGCAUAAACACGCAAGGGAGGAUAGAGACGGGCGGCGUGAAGGGCACCCGCAAGUACAUCGGCACGCCAGAGCAGAAUUUCCUCAUCCCUACCGAGUACCUCUUGUUGACAGCGGCGCGCGCAUCUAGAUGCGAGGCCCAAGCAUUCAAGAAUACAGUACCCGACGUCGCGGCGGCCCUCCUGCUCGACACCGUGAGGGCGUACUUCGAGUCGGCGCCCUGUCCCAAUCCGGAGGCCAAAGUCCGAUGCACGUCCCUGCCGCCUAUAUACUUUCAACACAGAGGCCACUCUCUUACCAUCAUCGGGCUCGAGAGGCGCCGUGACGGCGGCUGGGAGCUGCUCGUCUUUGACCCCAUGUUCCGCGACCCCGACGGGAUCACGCGGUAUAUCGGCCGCCGGUUCCAGCACCGAGAUCCAGAACGGGUGCUGAAGCUAUACCGUCGCGGGGCUAAGUAUCUUAAGAAGUACCACGAGUUUGAGAUUCUGAGGUAUGGAAACUUUCUAAUUCCCUCCUCCCUCUCUUCUAUUCUCUUCUCUGCUUUUCCCCACGAGCUAGAUUUUUAA